CCACCUAGAAAGACUGACUACCGUCACUGAUCUGUCACCACUCGGUCCCGCCAGAGGACAGAGGUAAACAUUGAGUAUCCCUGACUGCAGUUUCCCUGUGUUCCUCUUAUGGAUCACCUUCCCAGCGGAGUGGCCCUCGCCUGAAAGUUGAUGCAAGCCAUUGUAGAGUGAAGAGCGAGGUCAAAGAAGACAUAUUGUGACACAGCAUGGUUGCAAUUCUUACAGCUGUACUGAUGACUGCAGCAGAGAUAUCCAACUUAUUUUCAGCUGUUGGAGUUGUGAUAUGCUUUAUUUGCAUGGUCAUCUUCAUCAUGCGAGUACAAGGAGACAUGUUUGGCACCUCAGUAGUACAUGUGGCUCAGCCUCCCAUAGCACAGAUGGCAUACCAGAAAGUUGAAGUGCCAUUUUCUAUGGGACUGCACAUGGCACAAGAUGCUUCAUUCAGUGACAUCCAAAUUAAGGUUCGCAGUCAAGUAAACUAUGCCCUGCGGAGCUUCUGGGGAGUGCCUUCAGAGCGCCUCCAUAUGCUCCUCGCUGCACCCUGGACAGGCUUCUUUUUGCACUUGAUGGAAGAACCAUCAGUUGGUGCUGAGGUUGUUGAUGAAAUUCUAAGAGAGGAUGUCAGUGAGUCUGCUGAAUCAGUGAAACAUAUCAGCCUAGCUCCUGAUGCACCAGAUCUAUCUCUUGGGUCUUCACCACGCAGGAAAUAUCCUUUGGUGGUCUGUGUUACACGGUGUGAUACUUCACAGGAAACUGAUGACAGCAGAGUGGGGGCUCUCAUUGCUAUCAUACACAUCAAGGAUGAAGAGUGCCAGGUACCAACCUGUAUCCUCCACCAGUAUCUAAAGCAGUACUCGGGCCAGCUCACUAAGUUGGAGGCUCUUUAUACACAAAGCAGCACAACCACCACCAGAGAGAGCACCAGACCUGAGGAAAAUGCUGGGGAAGAUGAGGAAGAAGACAUUCCUCUAGAGGAAGCUUGUGUAGUAUGUCAAAUCAAGAGGACAACACGUGCCCUGCUUCCCUGCCGACAUGUGUGUGUGUGUGAUUCCUGCUGCAGCCGUCUAGACAACUGUCCUAUGUGUCGCACUCGCAUCCUUGCCUAUUUUCUUGUUGCUCCUGAGGACUCAACCAGUCCAAGACAAGACCAUCCAGGAGGAGGAGAUGAAAUGGAUCCUCCCUCAGCAUGGCAUCGUUUCAGUGGCACUGUGAAUCGGAUGAUGGGGAUCGAAAACAAUCAGUGAAGUGCUGAAAUAUUUGAUACAUAACCCUAAUGAGUCUUGCUGAUUUGCAAUGUUAAUGGAAAUGUCUGCUCUUACAGAAGAAAAAUUAAACCUUUCCACUAUUUUUUUUUUGUAAGUGUUUGUGAAUUAAUUGCGACUAUCAAGAGAUGGAGCAGUAGUUUUAAGGUGUUGUGUUGGCUACAGUAAUUUCCAGAUGGAGACUAAAUAAGAAGGAACUUACUGAAAGUCAUGGUAUUGUAUUGUUAAGUGUCUUCAUUCCUAAUUCAUGGACACAUCUUGGCCCAGUGAAGUCAUGAUGACUUUAAAAUCUGAUUAUGUUAAUGUUUGGACAAUUUUGUAAGAUCUUUUUAUCCUCCUUAAAAAGGUGGCACUAUUCUACCUAGACCAUGGAAGUGUUGUUUGAUGCUUCCAAUAAAGACUUCUUGUGUA